AUGGCGCUCCUCAUGUUUGCAGCGCCAGCCGGCCUGGUCGCUGCGGACCCCAACGACUGGGUCGGGGUCGACUACGUGACGCACCUGGCUGCAUCGGAUCCCAACACGGCGCAGGCGCGGCGCGCUAUCGUAAGCGAAGCGAGCAGCAGCGCGAAGGCGGGGCCGUGGAGUGUAACGCAGAGCAAGAUCUUGCCCCCGAGCGGAGACGUGCGAGACUAUUACAGCUGGGCGCCGUACCACUGGCCGAACUGUAACUUCUGCUCCAAAGGGACGAACCACCUCUCGGGGCCCGGUCGCUCCAACCAGACAACUGCGGACAGCGAUAGCGACCCCGGCGACUCCGCUGAUGGAGACCCUGCUCCGGACGACGGCGGCGACGUGCACGAGGAUGGAGGCAUCACCUACGACCCUGCGUACAACGGUGACGGCUUCCGCGGAGAGCGGCGCGACUUGCACGACGAGAACACCGUCCGGAGCAGUACUGGCCGCCAUCGACGGAUGGUCCGGAAGAAACGUCAGCUCGUCCAGCACCUCGCCUCCGCCUCGGACGCCGUACCGUCUCGUUCCACCGCCUCCGCGCCCACCCGAGCCGCGGCCGCGAACAUCCAGCACGUACACAUGCUCAUACCGACGUCUGUGGACGACCCUACGAACAUCGCCACAGCGACGCCGACGUCCAGCACAGACGGCACCGACGAGCUCCCCGAUCUGAACGACCUGCCGCCCUUGACGUCGACUACGCCGCGUGGGGUCGCGCCAUCCGCCGCACCGGCCCAGGCGGCGGCGAAGACGAGCACCCAGAGCAAGUGCACGCCGUCGCCGACGACCAAGAUGGCGCCUUCCGCGACCUGGACGACGUGCCCUUACGUGGUCCGGGACGGGAAGGUAAACCCGGACGUGCGCGACCUCCGCGACUCGGGGUUCGCCCGCACGAGCAAGGCCUUCUCCGCGACCGCGGCGAAGCUCGUCGACGCCUUCUUCCUCUCGCCCAAGACGGGGAUGAACCCCAAUAUGAACUUCGGGCAGCUCGUGCGCGGGCCCGGGCGGGCGCACCAGAUCGGCUCGUGGACGGGCAUCCUGGACAUGCGCGGGCUCGUGAAGGUCGUGAAUGCGAUCGAGGUGCUGAAGGGCGUCAAGAGCGCAGACUGGACGACGGCGCGGGAGAAGGCGAUGAUGGACUGGAUGAAGUCGUAUGCGUCGUGGCUGGAGAACAGUGCGCUUGGGAAGGAGGUUGCGAGCAAGGCCAAUAACCACUACACGUUCUUCGUGAGCCAGCUCGCGGCAGCGAAACUGUACCGCGGCGACAUCCAGGGCGCCCAGAGGUCGGGCGAGCAGCCCUUCGAGGCCGUCCGGACGCGCCCGUACCACUACCGCGCGUUCAACCUGGAAGCCAUGAUCACGAACGCUAAGCUGGGCGACGCGCUCGGCCUCGACUUCUGGACCGCCAAGUCCAAACGCGGUGCGACGAUCCAGGACGCGCUCGACUUCGCGAUGCGCGCCGACCCGAAGGGCGAGCGCGUCUCGGACCUCGUCCCGCACGUCGCGGCGGUCGCGGCGGCGUACGGGGACCCGAAGGGCAAGUACCGCGCGUUCCUGCAGAAGGCGGACGCAGCGUUCGAGGGCGAGCCGUUCUGGUUGUACGACCAGCCCGCGGCGGUGCCACACUCGCCUGCGGGGCGCGCCGCAGCGAAGAAGAAGACGCGCAGUGCGGAGGAGCGGAGAGGCUUGGGCCACGGGCUGGCGGUCGAAGGUGCAGCGGCGGCGCAGGGGUCGCGUCUGGAGGGCAGAGGCGGAGCCGCGCCGCCGGAGUUCGAGUGCCCUGCGGUGUUCGAGAUGGAGGACGUGACGGAACUGGAGGUCGGGUUGUUCGUGACCUGCGACCAGCUGAAGCCGUACUACGAAAUCACGCUCCCCGGGGACUCCGGGAAGCCGUAG